AUGAGAUUCAGGAAAGAAAGCAAAGUUGAGGUUUUUAGCAUCAAAGAAGCACCUUACGGUGCGUGGCGAUCCGCAGAGAUCAUAUCAGGUAAUGGUCACACUUACAGUGUUAGAUACUACGCUUUCGGGUCUGCGAACGACGAGACAUUGGAGGAGAGAGUUCCGAGGAAGAUAAUCAGGCCUUGUCCUCCGAGAGUAGAUGUAGAUAGAUGGGAAGCUGGUGAGCUCGUGGAGGUUCUUGAUAACGUUUCUUGGAAAACAGCUACGGUCCUCGAGGAGUUACCUGGAAGAUACUACGUGGUUCGGUUACUUGGCGCCGCAGCAGAGCUCACUGUUCACAAAGUUAACCUCAGGGCUCGGCAGUCUUGGCAAGAUGAUAGAUGGGUUAUGACUGGAAAGGUAUCUUCGUCUACGCUUACAGGAUCAGAUGUACACCAGAAUAUAAAGCCUCAGGAGAGUAGUGUUGUUUCUUUAAGAUUGGUGAAGAGACCUUCACCUUGUGAUUGGGCUGAGUCUGCGGAGUCGUGCACGAGAAGUCCUAAGAAGAUGCGAUCGAUGGAGGAGGAAGAAGAGCAUCAGAGCCGGUUUGCUCCCUCCUCAGUGCAGAAGGUGGAUGCUUUUUCUUGCAUUCCUAAACGUAGCGGUGGUAAAGUCGGUUUCCGUCGUCAACUGGUCAGGGUAAGUGAAUUUGUUGUUGGUACAGGGAGCUCAGUCUUUAAUGGUUGUUAUGAUGAUACUGAUGCAUCCUCCGUUGGUAGUUGUAGCCCUAUUAGUGACUUGCUGACUUCUUCUCUAGAUGGUUCUUCUAGUCAAGUCGCCGACGACGCUUGUAGUAGUGAUGCUGAAUCUUCAAAAGAAGCAUUUAGCUUCAGAGAGGAAGGAGCAGUGAGAUCCUGUAGGUCUGAGCUAUACACUUACCGCAAUACGCUAUGGAAAUUAUUUGCUUCAGGGCCCUUAAGUUGGGAUCAGGAAGCAUCACUAACGGAUCUCCGGCUUUGUCUGAAUAUAUCAACUGAUGAACAUUUGAUGGAGCUAAGAAAUCUAAAGUGUUGGCCGUACCUCACUGCAAUGUGGAAUCAACAGUCAUGUAUUGUUCUUUUUCCAGAUGAUUGUGUAUAUAGACAGCAGAAGGGAGAAGGGAAAGUUUGUAUGGAAACUCCAAUCCCCAUUGUGAUGUUCUCUUCUUAUAGUCAGCUUAAUUUUCUUUUGUUGUACUUUCUGGAUAAUGAAAAGUUUAAGAACAGUGUAGCCAUGCCCGGUGCUAGCAGAUCUUUGCUUGAUUCUAGAGAUCUUUCUCUGAUGCAUUGGGUUUGCUGA